GGUUCCGGCAGGUGGCCGGGGGUUGGUCCCGUAGCCUCAGGUGGGCUCCCUGGCCGUACCUGGUCCUGCAAACACGUGCCGGCCGGGAAGGGGAAGUGCUCACCCGCUGUUUUGGGCGCUGUAGCGGAGGCCGGAGUGGUGGCCGCGAAGCGUGUCCAAAGAUGCAGAAAGAAGACAUUGUCUAACUGGAUAACAUGAAGUCGAAUAGAAUUCCACUUUGUAUUAGUUCAGGUCAAGAAAGUAAAAGUAAACCAUUGCUGCCUUUCCCCUGAAGUAUCCUGGGUUUUAUUACUCAAAAGACCCGGUUAUUCUAAUACUCAUAAUGUCAGAAGGGAAAUCUGAGCAAAAAACACCUCGUAGAAGUUUAUCAAUCAGCAAAACUAAAAACAAAGGAUCUAGUUCUAUUAUUUCGUAUUUUAACAAUGUACCACCUGCUAAACUUGCCUGCCCCAUUUGUAGUAAAAUGAUACCAAGAUAUGACUUAAACCGGCACCUUGAUGAAAUGUGUGCUGACAAGGAUGAUGCCGUUCAGAUUGAUCCCGUUCAUGUUGACUUAACUCCAAAGAAAUCAUCACCACUAAAGAGGAGUUUAAGCCCUGGCCAAAGUGAUUCGGCAAGAAAGAUCAUAAAACAGCAGACCAGUGUCUACUUUAAAAGUAAUGAUGACUUUAUGUGCAGAGAUAAAGAUGAGCUGAGAAAUCGUAAUGUGAAAGUCAUUCCUUUGGGAAGCCUGUCAUCCAAAUUGUCUAGAAAAUACAUAAAGGCUAAAAAAGCAAUGGAGAAGAAUGAGGAGUUUGGAAAUCACAGAGUUACAAAUCCACAGAGUUCCUUAUCCACAGUGGUUAAGAGCUUGGUUGACAGCAAUUCAGAGACGGAGGACAAGGAUCAAAUUUUGGAGAACUCUUCUCAAAAGGAAAACGUUUUUGGAUGUGCUUCUCUUAAAGAAGAGUGUGCUCCUGAAGAUACCGCAGGAGGCAGUAAGAUGAUGGAAACAGACAGCCAGAUGACCACCCAAGAAUGUGAGGAGUCAGCCUUCACCCCUGGCUUCUCAGAUAAUGCUCUUGCAUUAUUUUCACCAGAUUUAACUCUUGGGAAUGAAUUAACAUCUACUUCACAAGACAGUGUUGAAAAGCAGGACAGUAUCAAAGGAGUAGAUGGGAAAGCUGAAAAAAGUGAGGCAGGUAGUUGUAAAGAAGUGAAGAUGACUGUUGCUAUGGAAGCGAAAACACAGUUGUCGCAUUUGGAAGGAAAAUCUUUUAGUUCUGCAAAUGAUGCUUCUGAGUGGAGUAACAUCCAAGCGGUUCCUCUGGAAGGUGACAGUAGCUUACAGGAUGAAAUCACUGGUGGCAUUCCUUUGGAGCAGCUCCCAAGCUGUGGUGUUCCCGAUACAGCUCAAGCACCACCGAGUCAUCCUUACUACCUGCGGAGUUUCCUGGUGGUGCUGAAAGCAGUACUUGAGAAUGAAGAGGAUAUGAUGCUCUUUGAUGAGCAAGAGAAGGGAAUUGUAGCUAAGUUUUAUCGAUUAUCAGCUAGUGGGCAGAAGUUAUAUGUACGACUCUUUCAACGUAAAUUAAACUGGAUUAAAAUGAACAAAUUAGAAUAUGAAGAGAUUGCCCCAGAUUUAACACCAGUAAUUGAAGAACUGAAGGAAGCAGGCUUUCUACAGACAGAAUCUGAACUGGAAGAACUCUCUGAAGCGCUUGAGCUACUUUCUGCUCCUCAACUAAAAACGCUGGCGAAGACCUUCCACCUGGUGAAUCCCAGUGGGCAGAAGCAGCAGUUGGUGGGCUCCUUUCUCAAACUGGCCAAACAGCGUUCAGUCUUCACUUGGGGCAAGAAUCAGCCUGGAAUUGGAGCAGUGAUUUUGAAAAGAGCUAAAGACUUGGCCGGCCAGUCCCUGAGAGUCUGUAAAGGCCCCAGGGCUGUGUUUUCCCGGAUCUUGCUACUGUUUUCAUUGACUGACUCAGUGGAAGAUGAAGAAGCUGCAUGUGGUGGACAGGGACAGCUUUCUACUGUACUACUGGUCAACCUUGGCCGAAUGGAGUUUCCUAGUUACACCAUCAAUCGGAAAACCAGAAUCUUCCAAGACAGAGAAGAUCUCAUCAGGUAUGCAGCAGCUGCACACAUGCUGAGCGACAUUUCUGCUGCGAUGGCCAGCGGGGACUGGGAUGAAGCCAGGGAGCUUGCACAGCAUGCACGGAGGGAUUGGAACCAACUGAAGAACCACCCUUCCCUGAGAUACCAUGAGGAUUUGCCACUCUUUCUGCGGUGUUUUACUGUUGGGUGGAUUUAUACCAGAAUUUUGUCUCGAAGUGUUGAAAUAUGGCAGAGACUUCACAUGUAUGAGGAAGCAGUCAAGGAACUUGAAAACCUUUUGUCUCAGAAAGUUUAUUGUCCUGAGAGCAGAGGCCGAUGGUGGGAUAGACUGGCGCUUAACUUACACCAGCAUCUGAAACGCCUAGAACCGGCUAUUAAGUGCAUCACAAAAGGGUUGGCAGAUCCGGAUGUGAGAACAGGACAUCGACUCUCUCUUUAUCAGAGAGCCAUGCGCCUGCGGGAGUCUCCGAGCUGUAAAAAGUACAGGCACCUCUUCCACAAACUGCCAGAAAUCACUGUGGGGGACGUGAAACAUGUGACCGUCACCGGCAAGGUGUGCCCACACAGUGGGCCGGGGAAGUCCGUGUUUGUGAUGGAGACCAGGGAGGCCGACGCCCCCGCCACCGUGCUGUGUUCAGUUGAGGAGCUGGCGCUGGCCCAUUACAGAUGCGACGGCUUUGACCAGGGGAUCCAUGGGGAAGGGUCCACCUUCAGUACACUGUACGGCCUCUUCCUAUGGGAUGUCAUCUUCAUGAAUGGGAUUCCGGAUGUCUUCAGGAACGCCUACCAGGCCUUCCCCCUGGACUUGUAUACAGACAGCUUCUUUGCAAGCAGAAAAACGGCCAUCGAGGCCAGGCUGCAGCUCAUCCAUGCUGCCCCUGCCGAGACCCUGCGCGCCUGGCUGGCAGCUGCGUGGCAGGCUCAGGAAGGCAGACUGGCUUCCAUAGUCAGCUGGGACCGCUUUGCUUCUCUUCAGCAGGCUCAGGAUCUCGUCUCCUGCUUGGGCGGCCGUGUCCUCAGCGGAGUGUGCAGGCGCCUGGCUGCUGACUUCCGACACUGCCGAGGCGGCCUCCCCGACCUGGUGGUGUGGAGCUCCCAGAAUCAUCGCAUUAAGCUGGUAGAAGUUAAAGGCCCCAAUGAUCGCCUCUCGCAAAAGCAAAUGAUCUGGUUGGAUGAACUGCAGAAGCUGGGAGCUGAGGUAGAAGUCUGCCAUGUGGUUGCCGUUGGAGCCAAGAGUAAAGGCCUCAGUUAAGAGCGACGGAAUUAGGAGUAUUUGGUCAUGGCUUGACAUAAGAUUUUCAAAAGCAAAGCGUUAUUACAUUUUAUUUAAUGUUAGUUUUGUUACUGUCAAUUAUAAACCUGAUGGUUUAAUCACUCAUCAUUGUACAGUGUCUGUGUAUCACAAAACGGUGUUUGCUUGAAUAUACUUAUCCCACACAGUAGGUAAUGAAUUUUUAAAAGGUCAGGAUAUUAGUGGCCAUUUUUGGAGCUGGAUGCAUACUAUACUAGACUUAGAAAAAAGCAGGAAAAAACCCACAAGAAAUGAUUAACAGCUCUACAAUGCUUCUUUCUGAUAAGUUUACUGCAAAUGGAGAUUCCUGAAAUUAUCUCUUUUUUUUGUGCACUGUUUUACACAUUCAGCUGUUAAACAUUCUUGUUUUAUGAUUAUCCAAGAAGGAUAUCAACAAUUGAAACUCCAAUUUCUUUAGCAAUUGUCCCUUCUGCUUUUUUUAGGAACAUCCUUAAUGGCUAGCUUGGGGGUGCUGUAUAUAGAGACGACAGCAUAAUGAAAACAGGGCUGCUUGGCUAUUUGUCUCAUUAGCAAACCUUAGGCUGGGGAAGGGAUAUGGCAGGAAGGCAGUUAUCAGACAGAAUGCCAGGCCCAGGAUCAUAGUCUCCCAUAGACUUGUCCUGAGGUCUUCUGGGGAAAUAUGAUGCCCCAGUUUAACUGAAUGGAAGGACCAGUUAAGGCAUGGCCCAUUAACACCCACAUGGUUUUAAUUACAGCCAGCACUAAACUGACGUUAGGAACAUGAUUGAUUGCUACCUCAUUUUAGAGAAUGGAUGGCACACACAAGUAUAACAAAAAACCAAACUCGUUACUGUCAAUUCCGACUCAGCGACCCUAUAGGACAGGGUAGAACUGUCCCAUAGGGUUUCUAAGGAGCAGGCGGUGGAUUCGAACAUGCCAACCUUUUGGUUAGCAGCUGAGCUCUUAGCCACUGUGCCUCCAAGGCUCCACACACAAGUGGAUGGAAGAAAUAGCCUUUGAAUCUUGAAUCACUGUAUCCUUGUGGAUGACUGCAUAAUAACUACAAAACAGACAAUUUCUGUGGAACUUUUAUUUUGCAGUCAAAAUUGCCUUCACAUUCAUCACUGCUGAACAAGAUCUUUCAUCUUCCCACUCAUCCUACUUUAACUCAAGUCACAAUCAGUUUUAGGCACAAAGGUUUUAGUUUUCUCUCAAAAUCAAGUUUUAACUAUUUGAGGUUACUGCUACAGCAAGCAGAUUUUGUGAAA